UAUCAUACUGCCGGUAGUGCUUGUAAAUGACGAUGCGCCAAACAGCCUCAACCCAUUCCUUGCCAUGAAACACUUUCACAGUUCGACAAAAUGAACAAUCCUAUUGUUGAGCCCCUGUGGCUGUGGGUCCCCGAGGCACUAGCCGCAAAGAGGACACUUCUCGCCUUGUGUCUUUUAUUCCUUUCUGUUUCGCCUCUCGGCAACUUCUGGAGUUUGUAAAUUUUUACCUAGUCGCUCCUUUCGACCACCAUUCACAAUAGCGAAAUAAACCACCCCGACAUCGCAAGUGCUAUCGUACCAUGGAUUCACAACCUCCGGAGCAGGCUUUCCCAGCCGCAUUCAGUGCUCACACCUCACGCUUCACUCGGGUCAGUUUUUGCUUCCCCUUUAUUUGGUGAGCACGGGGGUGUUAGUGAUGCUAACGUGGCCCAUCUGAUUUUGAGCCCUUGCAACAGACGUACCAAACAUAUCUUGACAAGGUCACCCCAUUUACUACCUAUCGAUGGAUCGGAACAGCUGUAUUGCUUUUGAUCUUUAUGGCGAGAAUCUUGAUAGCUCAGGGAUGGUAUAUUGGUAAACUUUGCUCCCCUCCCCCGAGACACUCUGCUCUCGGGUGUCUCGCCUUCUCUUCCUUUUUGAUCACCACUGACAGAUGCUUCGAAAGUCUGCUACUCCCUCGGCAUCUAUCUUUUGAACUUGUUCCUCGCCUUCCUCACGCCUAAAUUUGAUCCUUCUCUUGAACAAGAUGACGAGCUUGAGUCUGGGGGUCCAAGUGCUUUGCCCACAAAGCAGGACGAGGAGUUCAGACCCUUUAUCAGGAGAUUGCCCGAAUUCAAAUUUUGGCACAGUGCUACGCGAGCCAUUUCCAUUGCAUUUGUGGCAACCUGGAUUCAGGCAACUGAUGUUCCCGGUUAGUGUUCUCAUUUAUCAGGCUAGUCACACAGCAAUAGGCUAAUUUAUUUUCACAUAGUCUUCUGGCCUGUCCUUGUUGUUUAUUGGAUUCUUUUAUUCACCCUCACCAGUAUGUGCCCGUUAUCUCCUCAUUUUCUGGUGAUGCCCUUUCUGAUCCCGAUGGAUUUGUUGUAGUGAGGAGACAGAUCCAGCAUAUGAUCAAAUACCGUUAUAUUCCUUUCAGCUUCGGAAAGACCAGGUACGCCAGGUCCUAAAAAGGCUUCAAACAGGUCAUUCCUAGGGUAUCUUAUCAGUAGGGAUGCUUCCGGGUGGGAUACGCGGUCCGAGGAGUUGGGGAUUUGGGUUUACAUGGUACUUUUUCCUGGAUAAAAAGGGUCGGUGAUGCAAAGGGAAAGGUUAUGACCAACGAAAAGCUGUGCGCUGUUCACUUAUUAAUGUUGGGUGGCAGUGGGCCAUACGUUGCCUACUUUUACUGUCCUGGGUUCUGAAUUUUUUGCCGGUAUAAGUUUAGAGAUCCGACCUGUAAUUUUAUACUUCUUUUCAGCUCUCCCAUGUUUUCUCACAUUUGAGCCUUGGAUCUGUAGCGCGGAUGUAUCGGAGAAACUCCUUUACGUCUUAUUGGGGCUACCGUCGGGCGUGUGGCCUCAGUUUUAUUUUAAUGAUAAGGUUAGAUGAUAUAAGUUGCUAUAAUUGCCGUCCGGCGUCCGUUAUGAAAACCAAUGAAUCAUUCACACAGACUCAGGAUUGCAAAGUGUCCUAAGUGCGCUGAAAGCGGUCAUGCUCCUCACGUAAGGUUCCGGGAUUGGUCCAACCGAG